CGGCCACACUACAGGCGCGCAAUGAAAUUCGCGCAAUAAUACGAAAUGAAACCAUGGCCAGCGCACGCAUUCAUGUCAGCAUGCAGAGCAAGUACGACCGCGUGGUCCUGCUGGUGGACAUGGACUGCUUCUUCUGCCAGGUGGAGGAGAAGCAGCAUCCAGAGUACCGCAACCGCCCGCUGGCCGUCGUCCAGUACAAUCCCUGGCGAGGGGGCGGCAUCAUCGCCGUGAACUACGCGGCUCGCGCCAAGGGAGUCACUCGCCACAUGCGUGGCGAUGAGGCGAAGGACCUUUGUCCGGAGAUCGUUCUCUGUCAGGUGCCAAAUAUCAGGGAAAAGGCCGACACCAGCAAGUACCGCGAUGCCGGCAAGGAAGUGGCCAACGUGCUGCAGCGAUUUACGCAGCUCCUGGAGCGCGCUUCCGUAGAUGAGGCUUACUUGGACAUUACUGAGACCGUUAACCAUCGUAUGCAACAAAUGCAGAGUGGAGCCUUUGCUCUGCAACCACAGGAACUAGUGAACACCUUUGCUGUGGGCUACCCCAACAUAGGCGACUUCGUUAACAAGAUAACAAACCGCUUUGCCAAUCCCUACAUGGACGACGAACGCUUCCAGAUGUCUUACGACCAAAAUGACCUUCCCGCCGUCCGCCAGAGCGACAUUCGGCUGCUUAUUGGCGCCUCUGUGGCGGGUGAAGUUCGUGCGGCUGUAAAAAAAGAGACUGGAUACGAGUGCUCGGCUGGCAUAGCGCACAAUAAGAUCCUGGCCAAGUUGGCAGCUGGAAUGAAUAAGCCCAACAAACAGACCAUUUUGCCGCUGGCGGAGACCGCUAGCUUCUUCGACUCCUUGCCAGUGGGCAAGAUCAAGGGGCUGGGCGGCAAAUUCGGUGAAGUGGUGUGUGAGACAUUAGGCAUAAAGUUUAUGGGCCAGGUGGUCAAGUUUACGGAGGUAGAGUUGCAGCGCAAGUUUGACGAGAAGAAUGGCACCUGGCUAUUCAACAUCUCUCGCGGCAUAGACAUGGAAGCUGUGACUCCCCGCUUCUACUCGAAAAGCAUUGGAUGCUGUAAAAAGUUUCCAGGUCGAAAUAACAUUACGGGAUUAAAAACCCUUCAACAUUGGCUUGGCGAGCUUUCCUCCGAGAUCAAUGACCGCCUUGAAAAGGACUUUAUUGAGAACAAUCGCAGGGCCAAACAGAUGGUGGUGCAAUAUGUGCAGGACAUUGACAGCGAGGAGGUGGCCAGUUCCCGCUCAACAGCUCUUAAAGAUUACGACCAGGAGUCCAUCGUAAGGUUUUCUCUAGACCUGAUCAGGGCAAACACAAAAACGUUUCUACGUCCUGGCAGCGAGUCUGUUUUAAACAAUGCUAUCAAGUUCCUUGGCAUUAGUGUUGGCAAGUUCGAAACUGUCUCUAGUGCGCAAAACAAGCUGCAGGAGAUGUUCGCCAACCAGGCUGCCAAAAAAAGAAGAAUCAGCGCAGAGGAGCCAGCGCAACCGCCAAAAGUUCAUAUGGAAAAGAAGCCGAAGCAAACGGAGGAAUUUAAGAUGAAGAGCUUCUUUGCUAACUAUUUGCAAGGGGCCAAGAAAGAGGAUGCGAAAACAGAUGGCCUUUCCGUGGAUCCCUUGGCUGCUGCACCUGCGGAAGCUACUCCAAAAAAGAGUUUUAAAGAGGAGUAUAAGCAGAAGCCUCAUGUGAGUUCAAGGACUGUAGCUGUCGACGAAGAAACUGUUCUUACAUCAACACCACCGAAGUUUAGGAAAAGCUUUUUUUCACUGUACCUAAAACAACAAAAAAGACACCAAGGGUCGUCGAUAUCGGGGGAGGACUCCUUAGAUGUGCAGGGGCUGGCCGAGGAAUUGGACGCCAUUGAGGCUGGCAACUCAAAAGAUUUUGAUGAAGACACUGAGGAGGAGACAACUAGUGAUAUCCAAAUGUCUAAAUAUGAAGAACUGCCACCCGAUGCCGUGCAAAAAAUAGUAUCAAACAACUUGAAUGAUUCAACAGGGAAUGAAGUAUACAUUAAAACUGGUAUAAAGCACUCCACUCAACUUGAGCCUCUUCCGCUCACUGAAGACGAAUUGAAGCCUUCAACGUCGAAAAGAAAGUUCGAUGAGGUCGAAAAUUCUGGAAGUAAAUACAAGGAAAGUUACGUUGAGUUUGCAGUACCCAACCUUCGCACCAAUCUUUUGCCUACUAUUAAAUGCGAUCAGUGCGGAGCAAACAUUCCCGACGAAGUUAAGUCCCUACAAACGCAUAGAGACCAUCACUUCGCUCAGGAACUGAGCCGAACGCUGAGAUGCAACGAGCGAGAAGAGAGGACGCAGAACCUACAGAAGGUAUCUCUUAAACCGACGCCACUCAAAAAAAGCAAGAAGACGGCUGGUUCUGGUAGCAUUUCCAACAAUACGGCACCAUUGACGAACAGCAUAACCAAGUUUUUCAGCGCCAAAUCAACUCAGGAGCAAGCAUCUAGUGAUCCAUAUAUGCAGCAGUGCACGGAGUGUAAGGCUUUCAUUAAAUGUGUGGACAUGCCGGAACACUUAGACUACCACGUAGCGAAAAACCUUCAGCGCAAACUAAACCAGCAGGAUCUGCGAACUCGAAACGUGGCGCUAAGCAAGGAAAAAUCAUCUCCAGCUCAGCCAAAGAAACAAUCUCAGAAGAAACUGAAUUCCACCAUUUCAUCAUCUUCAAGUGGAUCAAAGACAAUUGCCCAGUUUUUCAGCCAAAGCAAUUAAAGAAACUAUUACACCGCUUUAAGUGUUCAAAUUUAUAUAAGUACAAGACAAAUUUAGUUUUUAAGAUAAAAACAUUUUCAUAUUCAACGCUGAAUCAAAAACGAUGAAAACGUGCCAAACCAAUUAAAAUUUGUUGUGCACAUAUCCUAGCUAUCUCAAUCAGGCUCUGGACAGUAAAUUGAGUGGAUUUCUUUAUGGGCUGCUGUUUAUAAUUUUUAGUUAAUUUAAGUUAUACUCGAUCGAAUAGUUAU